UUUGACCUUUGACGGCUUUGUCGGCCAACAACCUGACAUUUAAUUUAUUUAUAAAGAUAAUAUGAUUGAAGGUAUCGAACCAAAGUAUAUUCUGCUUGCUGCAGUUUCAGCAAUAGUCUCACUAUGUACAUGGGCCAAAUACAGGGGAUUUGAAUACAUUAUCAAACAUUACAGAUGGGUGUUUGUCUGUCUAUUCCUGUUGCCAAUGUCAGUUUUGUAUGAUCUUGUUAUGUAUGUCAGGAACUGGAUCAUAUUCAAACUGAAUUCUGCACCAAGGAAGCAUGACAGUAAAGUAAAACAUGUACAGAAUCAGGUUAAGGAGUGGAAGCAAAAUGGUUGUAAAACAAAAAUGUGUACAGCACGCCCACCAUGGGCUACAGUCAGCUUUAGACAAGCGCUAUACAAAAAACAGAUGCAAAACAUAGAAGUGAAUUUAAUUGACAUUUUGGACAUUAAUGAAGCCAAGCAGACAAUAAGAGUUGAACCAUUAGCUACAAUGGGACAAAUCACAGCCUUCCUAAAUCCCCUUGGAUGGACUCUUCCUGUGUUACCUGAGCUGGAUGACCUAACUGUUGGUGGGUUGAUUAUGGGAGUUGGCAUAGAGACAUCAUCUCAUAACUUUGGUCUAUUUCAACAUUGUUGUGUGGCAUAUGAGAUUGUUCUAGCAGAUGGCAGCGUGGUCACAUGUUCAAAGGAAGAAAAUUCAGAUCUGUUUUAUGCAGUUCCUUGGUCCUAUGGAACACUUGGAUUUCUUGUCUCAGCUACGAUCCAGAUUAUUCCAGCUAAGAGGUAUCUGAAGAUGGAGUACAUUCCUGUUCAUUCCAAGAAAGAUAUUGUUGAAGUGUUUGCCAAUGAAACAAACAAAGGAAAAGAAAACAUGUUUGUGGAAGGAUUGGUGUAUUCUGAAAACUCAGCAGUAAUUAUGUUGGGAAACAUGACUGAUACUGCUGAACCAGACAAGAUAAACCCUAUUGGAUAUUUCUGGAAACCUUGGUUCUUUAAGCAUGUUGAAGAUUUUCUGGAAUCUGGUUCUGCUGUAGAGUACAUUCCACUGAGACAUUACUACCACAGGCACAGUCGUAGUAUUUUCUGGGAAAUUCAGGAUAUCAUUCCUUUUGGAAACCAUCCAGUUUUCCGUUAUCUAUUUGGAUGGACUGUUCCUCCUAAGAUAUCUUUAUUGAAAUUGACACAAGGGGAGGCAACAAAACAGCUUUACGAGAAAUAUCAGAUUAUACAAGACAUGCUUGUUCCUAUGAAUGAUCUUGGUGAUGCUUUAAAAGUCUUCCAUAAUGAAAUUGAAAUGUACCCCCUUUGGCUGUGUCCCUUUAAGCUUUACAACUUACCAGGAAUGAUUCACCCACAAGGGGCUUCUGAUGAGAUGUAUGUUGAUAUAGGAGCAUAUGGAGCCCCGAAGACAAAACAGUAUGAAGCCAAAAGAACAACAAGAAAGUUAGAGGCUUAUGUUAGCAAGGUUAAUGGAUUUCAGAUGUUAUAUGCUGAUACCUACAUGACAAGAGAGGAGUUUUACGACAUGUUUGAUCAUACGUUAUACAACAAGAUGAGGGAUGAUCUACCUUUCUGUAAACAAGCUUUUCCUGAGGUGUACGAUAAGAUAAACAAGAAAGUUAGAGCAUAAUGAAUAGUCUUGUUAGGGAUAUAGUUAUUUUGUUAUUUUAGAAUUACCAUGUAUUUACAAAUCUCAUCACACACAGCCAAAAAUAACAAUUACCUUGGUAGAUUUUAGAAUUUUGAAAAUAAUAACAUUGAAACUAAGUAUCUGCAAAAUGUCAUAUAUACCAGUCAGGUCUGACUUUGAAAAGAAAUGACUGAAAUGAAUACCAAAAUUCAGUCAGAUUAGAAUUGAAUUUAUUUCAAGAUCAGACAUUUUCAAAACCCUUUUUGCAGAAAUUGACAGUUUUGGUCUUAUAUAUUUCUAUAUUUUGGUUUACUGCAUUCUGAUUGCCAAGCUUUCCUGGUAAGAAAACUGAUACUUGGUUAUAUAUUAUAUUUUCUUAGGGCCCUCCAACGGCGUUUUGCAUUUGCACCGAUUUUUUCUUUCACUUGCGCCGAUUAUUUUUUUCAUUUGCGCCGAUUGUUUUACAGGUGAAAACUAUAUUUAUUUAUCAUUAUAAACCUCUUACGUUAGCCAGUUAUACAUAUGUUAUUAAUUAUCAAUUAAAACAUGCAUAUAACUGUUGCCCCAUGCCCACAAUGGGGAGGUGGAAGUAGGAUUUCAAGCAACACAAGUCAAUUUUGAGGUUAAAAGCACUCUGUUUACAUCCACUUAAAUAACUGAGUAUAGCAAUAAAAUAUCAAAUGAUAUAAAAAUCUAUUUACAGCCUUUAAAAUAUCAAAGGACAAUAAAACCUCUUUAUGCCAUGAAAAAAGCACAGCACUAAAAUGCAAAAAGGAACAAAUGGAACUUGAAAUUAUUGAAUCGGCGCAAAUGAAAGAUUAAAAAUUUAUAAAAUCGUCACAAAUGUCAUAUGCCACCUCCAAAUUACAGUUUUUAUGCCCCGGGUCAUAUAAAGCUAAUUAUUGCUAAUCACAACUGACAUGAUACUAUUGAUCAAGUUUAGACGAUUUACAUCUUUAUUUGAUAACUUGUCAGCAAAUAUUAAAACCUUAAAUUAAAUUGUGUUUUGAAAAAAAGAAGUUUUACUAUUUAAAAAUGUGCUUUUAUUUACUACACAAUAUGCAUGUGAUCAAGUUUGACCCCUUUAAAUGUACAUGAUUAAUUCCUUAAUUAUUAAAACAUAUCUGCAAAGGAUAUCAACAACUCAGAUAUGAAAAAAAUAGAACUUUAAAUUGAAUUGUGUUGAAAAAAAAGUUUUUCACUGUUCAAACUUGUGUUUUUAUUUACUACACAAUAUGCAUGUGUUCAAGUUUGACUCUUUUACAAGUACAUGAUUAAUCCCUUAAUUAUAAAACAUAUCAUCAAAUAGUAUCAACAAUUUAGAUUUUGAAUUAAAUUGCAUUGAAAAAUGAUUUUUCACCAUUCAAACAUGUGCUUUUAUUUACUACACAAUAUGCAUAUGUUCAAGUCUGACCCAUUUACAUAUCAUGAUUAAUCCCUUAAUCAUUAAUCAUAAAAUAUAUCAGCAAGGGAUAUCAAUAAUUUAGUUUUGAAAAUUAAAACUUUAAAUUAAAUCGUAUUAAAAAAAAAAUGUCUUUAUUCAAACAUCUGAUUUUAUUUACUACACAAUAUGCAUGUGUACAAGUUUAACCUCUUUACUAAUCCUUUUAUUAUAAAACAUAUCAACACAGGAUAUCACAUUUAGAUUCUAACUCAAACUUUAAAUUACAUUAUGUUGAAAGAAGAUUUUUUUCACAAGUUGAACUUAUGCUUUUUAUCUUGCCUCGAUAAAGUGGAAAAAUUGAAACUUGAAAUUCUGUUUCCAACGGAAUCGAUGGCUUAGCCUUAACAAUGUAUUAAUUUGUGAUUUGGUUAGUUUAAGGGAAACCUCUAUUGGUAGGUCAAUGAUAUUUGGUAUGCAGUUGUAUAAGCACAUAUAAAUUCCAUGGAGAUUAUUUGGCCCUGCCCCCUCAGUCACAGUCUAUUGACUUUGAAACUUUAAAUGAGUUUACGUGUUAAAAUUUGUUAUAAGGUCAUUUAAAGGGGAAUCACAAGUAACAGGUCAAUGAUAUUUGGUAUGCAGUUAUAUUAGCAUUGGCACAUCUUUAUUUCCAUGGAGAUUAUUUGGCCAGCCCCUCAGUAAUGGUCUAUUGACUUUAAAAGUUUUGCAUAGUUUACUUGUUAAAAUUUGAUAAGGUUAGUUUAAGAUGUCAAUGGUAUUUGGUCUUCAAUUGUAUUAUCAUUUGCAUGUCUCAUUUCCAUAGAGAUUAUAUGAUUAUAUAUGUUUGGCAUAGUUUACAUGUCCAAAUAUUGCCAUGUUAAUUUCAUCAAUUUCAUUAUACUAUCAAAAUUACAUAAACGCGAGACAAAUCUCUGUGUCAACUUUUAUUUUUUAUUUUACAUGAUAAAGUGAAAAUCUACCAACGUUUUAUUAUAUAAUGAAAUAUGAUAAACACAGCUUAAAAACUCAUGUAUGAUUGACUCAUGAUAUACUAUUUAUUGUCUUGUGUUUGGAAGCUGUGCAAAAGUAUUGUAUUUAAAAAAAUUUAAAAGUCACCUGCUCACUGUAUGCCAAUCACUUUGUCAAUUUUCAACAAGAUUGGGACGUAGUAAUAUAGUUCUUUUAAAAAGUUUUACAUAGGACCUAAUAAAAUACAAAACUGCAAUUACCAAAUUUAAUUAGAUUUACCAUAAUUAUUGUCAUUUCAAAAUGUAUUUCAUGUAAGUGGUGUUCUAACCCAAAUUAUGGAAAUCCAAGGAAAAGUAUAAACAAUGAAGAGCAAUAAAUCAAAAAUAACACCAGAUACAAAUACUGAAACCAUGAAGGUAAAGUAUAUCUUGGCUUCUUUGAACCAUACUAAGCCUCAAUCUUCCUUGGGAAGUUGUAAGUUUUAAAAUUACAUCUAAUGUGAUAACUAACAUCAAUGUCAGUGCUUAAUAACAAGAAAUAAUUUAAUUUUGGAUGUAACGCGUCUUCUGAUUGGCUAACGUUAUUUUGUUUAUCAGCUCAUAGACAUAAUUUUGUCAUGUGACCGUGACGUCAUCAAAGUUUUUUCAUGGUUUACUCCGGUUUAAAAUGGAAUUUAGAAUUAAAUUAUAAGAAAUGACUGUAAUAUUUUUUCUGUCUAUUCGAAAUAACAUAAAAAAUGUGGUGCACACUUUAAAAUAACCCGCUACGCAGGUUAUUCAGUUUGCACCACAUUUUUUAUGUUAUUUCUUCAUAGACAGAAAAAAUAUUACAGUCAUUCCUUAAAUAUAAGUUUAAAAUUGUUUAACUUUGACCAUUUUAAACAUCAGUUUUGACAAGAAUAUUCUUUAAAAUGGUUCCAAAUUGAUAUCUGGUGACCCAAUUAUAAUGCCAACCACUAAAACAUGGUUUACAUAUUUUUUUUAUUAAUUGUUAUUGGCUUUGAACUAGCUGUGAGUAACUGUGAGUACUCUCAGAUCUAUACUUAGUGUCUUUUUUGUUGUUAGGGAUGAUGUGUUUUUGUUUGAUGUUUUUCUUUGUAUCGAUCUGAUAGCAUAUUUGUUUUUCGUAAAUUGUUUUGUUUAAAUUAGGCCGUUAGUUUUCUCAAUUGAAUUGUUUCAUAUUUUUCAUGUCUGGGCCUUUUAUAGCCAACUAUAUGGUAUGUUUUUCUCAUUGUUGAAGGCCGUACGGUUGCCUAUAUUUGCUUACAUCCACUUCAUUUUUACUUUGGUGGGUAGUUGUCUCAUUGGCAAUCAUACCACAUCUUCUUAUUUUUAUAUAGCAUAUUAUAGGAUAAGAUAAUUAAACAUUUGAAUAAUCAUCUAUAACUACAGAACCUUUUUUUUUUAUCACCAAAACAACAUAUAUAACCCCAAUAUAAGUGACGAAUCAUUAGGAAAAAGAACUAAGAUCAACUAUUAUUGGUGAUUUUUUGGGGAGUUGCAGAGCAUUUGAGGACCAAAUAGUGGUCAAUUGAUUUUUAUGUCAAUCCUCAGUUUUCUUAAUAUUUUCAAGCAAUUGCGAUUGGGACAUGUACACAAAUCUACGUGUACCUUGGAAAGAUAUCAAUUUAAAAGUAUAUUUUAACAGCUUUAUAAAUCAUAUUUUUAGCUUAUAUUUUUUUGUUUUCAUCUUUUUAACCACACUUGUAAAUAUUUGAUAUCAUUCCUAAACAAAAUUUAACUUUUACCUUUACCUUAUGUCCCUUUCCAUGAUAAAAAAUUAAUCAGAUUGAAAUUACACAUUUGGCAUAUUGGUACCACUUAAGGGAAACUAGUUUUUUGGGGGCUUGUUUGCCAGUUUAAUUAUUUUAUGUUUGAUAUUGUAUAUUUUGUAAUGUGAUAACCUGUUUUAUUGUCUCGCCUGCAACUUUUGUUGCAGUAUGCAAGACAUAGUAUUACUAUCCGGCGGCGGUAUAAACUAUUUGUAUAAAGUUUUAUAUUUCAGAAGGUACAAGACCUGGAUGCUUCAAAUCCUGUAUGCAGAUACCUUAUGUUACAAAGUUUCCGUCAAUUAUAUGUCCAUUGUCUUUGACCUCAUCUUCAUGAUUCAGCGACUGCUUGAAAAAAAAUUUGAGUUUUCUUGUCAUGUGAAUUUCUCACUUAUUAUGAGUAAUAGGAUAACUAUAUUUGGUAUAGGUGUUCCUUGCAGCAUCUACAUAAAAUUGAGAAUGGGAAUGUGUCAAAGAGACAACAACCCGACCAUAGAGCAGACAACAGCCGAAGGCCACCAAUGGGUCUUCAAUGCAGCGAGAAACUCCCGCACCCAGAGGCGUCCUUCAGCUGGCCCCUAAACAAAUAUGUAUUCUAGUUCAGUGAUAAUGGACGUCAUACUAAAUUCCAAAUUAUACACAAGAAACUAAAAUUAAAAAUGAUACAAGACUAAUAAAGGCCAGAGGCUCCUGACUUGGACAGGCGCAAAAAUGCGGCGGGGUUAAACAUGUUUUUUGAGAUCUCAACCCUCCCCCUCCCAGACAGAGUUGACCUGACCUAGACCUCAUUUCAUGGAUCAGUGAUCAAGGUUAAAGUUACAUGAUUAGGUCCAUUUGUCAAAUACUAUAAGCAGUAGGUCAACUAUAUUUGGUGUAUGGAAUGAUUGUAAUGGGUACAUGUCAGUCUGGCAAGUUUCAUCCGACCUUGACCUCAUUUUCAUUGUUCAUUGUUCAUUGGUCAACGUUACGUUUUUGUAUUUUGGUCUUUUUUUCAAGUACUAUAAGCAAUAGGUCAACUAUAUUUGGUGUAUGGAAUGAUUGUAAGGUGUACAAUUCUGUCUGACAGGUAUUAUCUGACCUUGACCUCAUUUUCAUGGUUCAUUGGUCAGUGUUAAGUUUUUGUGUUUUGGUCUGUUUUUGAAAUACAAAUAGCAAUAGGUGAGCUAUAUUUGGUGUAUGGAAUAAUUGUAAGGUGCACAUGUCUGUCUGGCAGGUAUAAUCUGGCCGUGACCUCAUUUUCAUUGUUCAUUUGUCAAUGUUAAGAUUUUGUGUUUUGGUCUGUUUUUCGAUUAGCAUACACAAUAGGUCAACUAUAUUUGUAAGGUGUAUAUGUCUGUCUGACACAAUUUAUCUGACCUUGACCUCAUUGUCAUAAAUUUUUUAAAAUGUUAAGUUUCUGUAAUGCUUUUAGUAAAACCUUUAUCUUCAAGACUUUCAACAUAAAAUCAAUGGUCAGUAAAGCAGGCGAGACAUUUCAGCAUGUGCACUCUUGUAUUAUCAUAAUACUAUAAUACUAGUAGUUCUUUCAUUUUGAAUAUUGUAAUAUUAUAAUGUUAUAAUUGUAUUGCCUCGACUAUUUAUUGUUAAUAAAUAUUGUCUAUUAUUUAUAAUAUUGUAUUAUUCAAAUGCUGUGAUUCGUCAAUUCAUUUGGGACAUAGCCCAUAUUCAACGUAAUAGCAUAAUAGCAAAAGAGAGCAAAAAUGGACUAAAAUAAAGUAUAUAUUGAGUGAUCAAUAUUGACAGGUAAAUCACAGUGUUUAAAUAAUAUGAUAUUAUAAUGAAAUAAUUGUUGCCUUUUCAUAUCAGUCAAUAUCUGUUUUUAUUGACCCUUUUUAUGUUGGUAUGAAAUAUUAAAGGAGAAGGUUCACAGGGCCCAAAUAUGACCCCCUAUUUCUAACUUUAUUUCAUUUAAGGAUUUAUUAAUCAUAGCUGAAAUAAUGACGAGAUACGAAACAGGUCUCUUAGUUGAAAAUUCAUGAAUCAGUGUUCUUUUAAUGAAGUCACAAAUAGCACAACUUUUGCUUUCCUCAAAGUUCAACAAAAACAGAUCAAUUUCCAUUGGCUUUUAGGACUGGAAACAUACAGCUCAUACAUAAAAAAAAGAUCUUUUGACAUUAUGUUUGUUAUAUCAAACUACAUAUCUGACAUAAAUAUUAAGUAUGUCUUUGUUUCCUAGACAGAAAUGUUAUUGAAAUCAAGACAAAUUUGUUAACUUUCAGUAUUAUAUAUUUAACCAGUAUAAAAAAUCUGUGGCAUAUUAGUGGACUUAUAAGUGUGGCGAGGGAGGGGGGCUUCUUAAAUUGAUAAAGCCAAAAAAAAAUGUUUAAAUCUUUUCUUUAGUCUGAUAGUGAUGGAAUUAGUCAGUGUCCUCUAUCAUUUUUAUUUUCACUAAUAUUUUUGCAAGCCAAAAAAAGGGGGCGGGGGAGACAUAAGAAAUUUUAAACAACAGCCAAAUUUGAUAGCAGUCAUGGAGUGGAAUUGAAGUCUCGUAGAGGAUUUUAAGCAUGCUUUAUUUUAUCCCUUUGCACUUUGAUGACUUGACUGUGGUUAUCUUAUUGCAGUUUGUUAAAAUUUCUGACCACUGAACAGUUUGGUAUGAUAAAACAUAUUGUAAAUGGGUCAGAAUUUUGAAUGAAAAGAUGAAAAGCAAAAUGUUGAGAGAAACACUUAUAAUCAAGUCACAGUAAUCAUGAUCAAAGACAUAAUGUUAAAAUUUAAAUUAAAGUAUUUUAUGUAACCAUGGUGAUAUUGAGGAUGCAUUUUAUUUUAUUUUAAAAUGUCCAAAAUAUGAUAGCAUAAUAAAAUUGCACAUAAAAAGGUAUUGUUAUACAAAUCCAUUUGUUUUUAAUUGGUUCAGUAAUUGUCAACAAAGAAUGUACAGGAAUUGUCUAAUUUAGGAAAGUAUUUGAAAUAUGCCCCUGACAUAACAUUUUCUUGACAAUCCUUUGAAUUUUUUAUACAUUGUAGUCUUACCUCCCAUUGUAAUUAAAAUUUUUUGUUAUAAUUUACAUAUACAUAUUUCUGAUAUACCUAUAAGCUGUAUUGCUCCUCGUUUGAAAUAAACUAAACUAAAAAAAAAAAAUUGAUUUUAUGAAUGUUAAAAAAUGAAUUCUGCAAUAUUUUGUUUCAUUUGACUAUCAUAUAUUGUAAUCAAUCUAACUAGAAUUGUUGACUAUCAUAUAUUAUAGUCAAUCUAACUAGAAUUGUUGACUAUCAUAUAUUAUAGUCAAUCUAACUAGAAUUGUUGACUAUCAUAUAUUGUAAUCAAUCUAACUAGAAUUGUUGACUAUCAUAUAUUGUAAUCAGUUUAUCUAGAAUUAUUGACUAUCAUAUAUUGUAAUUAAUCUAACUAGAAUUGUAGACUAUCAUAUAUUGUAAUCAAUUUAACUAGAAUUGUUGACUAUCAUAUAUUGUAAUCAAUCUAACUAGAAUUGUUGACUAUCAUAUAUUGUAAUCAAUUUAUCUAGAAUUGUUGACUAUCAUAUAUUGUAAUCAAUCUAACUAGAAUUGUUGACUAUCAUAUAUUAUAAUCAAUCUAACUAGAAUUGUUGACUAUCAUAUAUUGUAGUCAAUCUAACUAGAAUUGUUGACUAUCAUAUAUUAUAAUCAAUCUAACUAGAAUUGUUGACUAUCAUAUAUAUUGUAGUCAAUCUAUCUAGAAUUGUUGACUAUCAUAUAUUGUAGUCAAUCUAUCUAGAAUUGUUUCUUUCCUAGAAAAUAUGUUUGGACAUGUUCAGACAUAUGUUGUCAAAAAUAUAACAAAAUGUUUAACAGGUGCUAAAGAACCUUUUUGCUUUCAAUAGUUAAAUAAGAAAUUUGAGUAUACCAACUUGCCAAAGAAUUGUAGGUGUACAGUGUAGCAGUAUUUUUUUGAGAGAGAGAGAGUUUUAAGUAUUAUUUAAAACACAAUUUGCUUUUGAAAUCAAUUUGCUUAGACUUCCAGAAGCAAACUGAAUCUGGAUAACAAAAUUUAGAACAUAUAAUAUAAGAAUUGCAAUUGAAACCAGUAGAUUGCACAAUCUUCCAAAAGAGGAUAAGAGCUGUACACCUUGCAAAACAGAUAUAGGCAAUGAAUUCAACUACAUAUUCAAAUGCUCAAAUCAAGAUGGACAGAAAUUAUGAUCAACAUUUGUAUCAAAUUAUUUGGAUAUGAAUCCAAUAUCAAUGAAAAAUAUGUUGUCUGUAUGCUAUAUGAAGUUGAUGUUUAAUCUUGCCUUUUUCAGAAAUGUGUCAUAAUAUCGUAAUAUUGUUUUAAUUAUAGAUUGCGGCUACAGUUGUAUUUAAAUGAUACUUGUAUUGGUAUUAAUGUUUUAAUUUGCUAUAUAUAGAAAUCAACUGUCUUUACUAUCAACAUAUAUUAUAUGUAUUGUAUAUGUAUUUAUUUUAUCCUCUUGUCUCACAUUUUUUUACUGAGUAUAUUAAUGAAAUCUUCGAAAGGCAUAUAAGCAGGUACAUGUCUCAUUGAGUACUUUGCUAUAUAUGUUGAAAGAUGGAUUGUGCUGACAUGACAUUUGUACUUAAAAUGAUGAAAUAACCCACAUAUAUUAAUAGAUUUUUUAAAGUGCAAAAUGUGUAUUUGGAAACUUCAAUUCCCCUUGAAAACAUUUCUGAUCUGAACAGUAAUAAUUGAUUCAUAAUUUUAAAAGAAGAAAUUGUGAUAGAAGACUUCUUUUUCUACCCUUUAAUUUGAAAAUCAAAAAGAAUUUUAAAUCAAUUGAAAAAAAGGUUGUUGCAAACUUCAAAAACUGACAAAAUAGCCUCAUUUUGAGAUAUUGUCAUUAUCAUUUAGAUAUGAUCAUCAGUCAAUCCAAAAAAUAUAUCUUACUUAGAUAUGAGAUAUCUUAUAUGAAGAUGUUGAUGUGAGUAAAAUAACUUUUUGGAUAAAGCUGUUGUAAAAUAUGGUAAUUUUAGAUUUUAUAUUCAGCAUUGAUAUGACAUCCCAAAUGACAUUGUUUUACUUAUAUAUUAGAUUUUAUCAUACUGUAGAUUUGCACCAAAUCAGAGUAGUAAACUGAUGCUGUUUGUAAUAUUUAUCUCAUAGUUAUAUUUUAAAAAAUCAUGUUUGCUGUGGUACAAUUGUCUAGUGUACAAAAUUUUUCAGAAAAUAGAAAUUUUCAGUUAUUAACAUAUAACUAAUCCAAAUUUCAAUAGGUUUAAACUAUUUAAAUGUGUUUGUGUGCACUGUUUACAGCUUGAUGUACAUUUAGUAACAACAAUAAGAUGGAUAUUUUAGGUAUAAAUUGAUCAGCAUUGGAAUCACAAGUUUACAAGAUGAUAUACUCAUUCCAUAAAACAGUAUUAAAUGAAGGUAUUUUUAUACAAGAUGAUUUACUUAAAAGCAUUUCUGUUACUGAACUGCUGAUAUUUGCUAGAUUUUAUUUACACUUAAUGCUUAUACUUGUAAUAUUUAUUGUGGUAUUUUAUGUAAUAAAUAGAAUCAUAUAAUU